AUGCUGGCAAAGUCCGUCGGGCCUCGAACACAAGCCCUUCCUCUUAUCGCACCAGGCCUUGUGCACAACCGUGGCGCUGGCAUCCGCAUGGCUAUGGAAGCGGGCGCCGCAACAUCCGGCGCAUUUGACGGCAUCCACAGCGAGAUUGUUGACGCGCGUACUACCAAGCCGGACGCAGUCAUCUGGGGUCACUGCUAUGGCAUAGUUGUGAAUGGCGACUGCAAACGGUUUUACGAUGAAGCGAAAAGACAUCUCUUCUUUGAAAUGAUCGCCCUGGAAGCCUGGCGUGACCAGAAAAAUGAGGCGUACUUGAUCUUCGACAAGCCUGUCUCUGACAAGUUUCGCCCUGGCUGGGUCUAUCAAACAACAGACAUUGAUCCGGAGGAGGCACCUACCAUUGCUGAACUGGCGCAAAGUCUUGGGCUAGAGCCUGCCAAGCUGGAGCACACCGUUCAGGAGUUUAACGCAGCCUGUAACGACAAGCCAUGGGACACCAUAGAGUUCGACGGCAAAGCGACAACGGGCCUGUCGCCUCAUAAGACCAAUCAGGCGAAUCCAAUUGCCGUUCCGCCAUUCUAUGGGUUCCCAUUGAAGACGACCCUCACUUUCACCAACGGAGGUCUGACGACGGACCUCGAGUGUAGGGUCGUCGCAGUAAAUAUCAUUCAAAUACCUGGAUUGUAUGCCGCUGGAGAGCCCACGGGAGCGUUCCCCAUUGAGAAUAGAAUUAUUGGUGCACAGUAUCCCCCAAUGACAACGGUGCUGCGCUCUCUGGCCUUUGGCCCGAUUGCUAGGACAGCAAUUGCCGGACAGUUGAAUGCGUAUGGUAGUCAACUGUAG